AUGGAUGAAGAAGACUGGCCACUUUAUGGGAGAGAGAAAUUCCAACAUGGCGUCAUCGUGGCAGUGGACUCUCGGGCCACAGCUGGCGCCUACAUCGCCUCCCAGACAGUGAAGAAGGUGAUAGAGUUCAACCCUUACCUGCUGGGCACCAUGGUUGGAGGUGCAGCUGACUGCAGCUUCUGGGAGCGCUUCUGUCGUGUCUACGAGCUCCGCAACAAGGAGCGCAUCUCUGUGGGAGCCGCCUCCAAGCUUCUGGCUAACAUGGUAUACCAGUACAAAGGCAUGGGCGGCUGGGACAAGAGAGGGCCAGGGCUGUACUACGUGAACUCGGAGGGGAACCGUGUGUGUGGAGACCUAUUUGCGGUGGGCUCUGGCUUCAUGUAUGCGUAUGGAGUGGUGGACAGCGGGCUGAGACAGGCUAUGUCUGUAGAGGAGGCGUGCGAGCUGGGCCGCAGAGCCAUCUACCAGGCCACAUACCGAGACGCCUAUAGCGGAGGACAGGUCCAUCUGAACCAGGAAGACGUAUUGAAGCUGCACCACCAAUACCAGGAACAGAACAAAUAGAGAGGGGAAGGAGGGAUUGAUGAAGAAUAGUAAUAAUCAGGAAGGUUGAUAAUGAUAUAGCAGCAAUGUUUUAUUCAUUUGGAUUCAUUUCGCGAACAGUUUGCUGCAGUUCCCACACACAACGUGUUUCAUAAAGGGGGUGCCGUUUUCUAGUGAAGAGGCUGAUGAGUCAAAUCUGUCUUACUCGGUGUAGGAAUAGUCUGCAUCUCUUACAAUGUUACAGAUCUACCUUCUAACAAAAACUGGGAAAGCAAAUCUUUUCUCAGAAAAACCUUGUGAUGUUUUUGUAAACAUGAAAUGUGUUUUUAUUUGAUUUACGUCCUCUUGUUUUUCCUCCUGUGUUUACUGUAGAUGUGUAUUUUAUUCAUACACACAACACAUUCUCACUUCUGUCAUUUGAUCUUUUUCUUCUUUUCUCCAUCCCUUGAUAUAGCUCCUUCCAUUUUCUGUUGGUGUUUUGUCAUCUGCAUCUGUUGAGAUCCUGAUGUAUUCUGUUCCUCAACCUACAGCUAUAGCUCUAACCCUGCUCUGUGAUCCUUGGGGAGUAGCUGCAGUGUUUACCUUUCAACUAUAGGAGAUGCUAAUUACAUAUCUAUCGCUAAUUGUGCUUCCUGUGUGGAAAACGAUAUAUUUUCCCCCUCACUUAACUUCCCCUCCAAUGGUUUUAUAUAUAUUUUUUUCAUUAAUUGGAAGGGAAAUGUAUAUUUUUUAUUUCUCUCCGACACACUUAGCCUCUCAAUGCUAAUGUUAUAUGCCGCUCUGUCACUGUGCUUUACAAUGUAAUGAUCUGUGCGGGGCUGUGUGAGCCCCUUCAGUGGUUUUAUGGCGGGAAAUAAACACUAAUAAAAGCGA